AUGACCAAACAGAAAGACAGUCAAUCGGAUUUAGAAACGACAGCCCUCCAUACUUCUCGGUUUACACCUGUGCUUGAGGACAAAUUGCGGGAUGAGAGAAGCCAGAGGUGUCCAAGUCAGGAGACAACCCAAUCACGCCAGCAGAUUAACGAAGCGCGACCACUGCUUCAAGAAGAACAGCGGCCAAGAGCAGCCACCAAGGAGCAAUCGAAGCAUGAACAUUACUCCCGAGGCGCGAUCGCGGAGCCAGACACAAGCAAUGCAGCACCUAUUGGGAAUAAACUAGACGCGUUUCGGACCAGCUUUCAGGAAGCAUGUGAAAACCUGAAUCUGGCUGUAACGCUGGGCUCACUACAGUCUUUCGGUGUUGAAGACACCCAAAACCUGAUACUUGACUUGAUCGGCACCAAUGCCCGUACUCCCCGUCCAUGGCGGGUGAGAGACUGA